AUGUCGAAUUUUUCACAAUUGAUGGCUGAAGAACAUCAAUCGACCAUAUCAACUGAUCCUCCUUCUCUUCCAGUUGAAACAAAGCCAAAGAAAAGUGAACCAGUCAAAGAAACUUCAUCGUAUGUUGAUUCUGCACCCAAAUGUUACAUUGGCCAAGGAAAUAAUCCUGAAUUACUUGAAAAUAUUUUAACAUCAAUUGGAUAUGAACGUCAAAUAGAGCGAACAGAUGAUUUUAAAAUCAAAUGGGUUCAAUGUAGUUCAAGUAUUAAUUGGAAUUCAUUCAAAGAUGGUGAACAAUUAGUCAAUCAUAUUCAAGGUGAAGAUUAUUUUACAACCAAAUUACAAUUAUGGCAAUCUUUACAAACUUAUGAAAAAGUCACUUUAGCUUUAAAUCGAAGACCACCUUCGUUCUUAUCUUUAAAUGAAUUUGUUCCUGAUACGUAUAAAUUAGAUGAAAAAACUGAUCGAGAUACUCUUUUUAGUAUUCAUAAGCCUGGUGAUGUUUGGAUUUGUAAGCCAAGUGGACUUAAUCAGGGUAAAGGAAUUUAUCUUGUUCGAGAUAUGGAAAGUUUUAAAGCGAGAUUCGCUGAACUUGAUGCCAUGGAUAAGAAAAAACAAAUGUCAGUUAAACCAAUGAAAAGAAUUGUUCAACGUUAUAUUAUGAAUCCAUUAUUGAUUUAUGGAAAGAAAUUCGAUAUUCGUUGUUAUAUGCUCAUAUCAAGUGUAAAACCAUUGAUUGUUCUUUAUCAUAAAGGUUAUAUUAGACUUUCAAUGUUUGAUUUCGAUGCGAAUGAUGGAAAUCUUCUCACUCAUUUAACUAAUCAAUAUAUGCAAAAGAAAGAUCCGAAAUAUUAUGAACAUAAAGAAGAAACAGCUUGGACAAUGGAUCAAUUCAAUGAAUAUAUCAAUGAACACAUUGCACCAAAUAAAAAUGUCGAAAAAGAUUGGGUUUUAAAUGUUUUACCAAAAAUCAUUCAACGUGUCAUGUUGAAUAUUAUUGAAAGUAUUCGAAUGAGAUUAAAAAGACGUGUUGGAUGUUUUGGUUUAUAUGGUUAUGAUUUUAUGAUUGAUGAAAAUAUGAAAGUUUGGUUAAUUGAAGUUAAUGUUAAUCCAGCUUUACAAACAAAUACAAAUACACUUCUUCAAGC